AUGGCUGUUAUAGAGGCGCUGCGGAAUCGCCACCUUGUCAUUCCGGAGGAGGAUGCGUAUCAUGCAGGAAGAUCGGAGGUGUCUGACGCUGAAGUGGAAGCGGUGCUCAAGGAAGCGACGCCAGGCAAAGCGCCCGGUCUAGAUGGCAUCCCAAUUGAAUUAUACAAGGUGGGAGUGCCUUGGUUUGGAUUAAUCGUUUUACCGCCAGAUGUUCAGCGCAUUGUGACAGCGUUGGCAUACCUUCCCCCAGUGGAAGAUGUUGAUGACCACCCGACGUUUCAAGCAACCAUGGAGACGGAGUCCAUGAGGACCACCAAGGAGAAGGUAAUGGCGACCGCCGCAAACGUGGCCGAGAGCGCCGAACAUGCCGUACAGGCUAUUAAGGACAACAUCCCCAUCAUGCCGGAAGGCCAGACGUACCAGCCGGGUAUCGAGGCGGAAAUGUGGACUAAGCCGGAGGUGAUCCGGGAGUCGUACGUGGGUGCUGACAAGCUGCUGGGCCGAGUGGCGCUCAUUACGGGGGGCGACAGCGGUAUCGGGAGGUCUGUGGCGGUGCACUUUGCGCGAGAGGGUGCUGACGUGUUCAUCAUGUACUUGGACGAGCACGAGGACGCGGAGGUGACUAAGAAGCUUGUGGAGGGCGAAGGACGUCGUUGCGUAACCAUGGCGGCCAAUGUACGAGACCACAAGUCUUGUUGCGAGACGGUGGAGCGCUGUGUUCGGGAGCUGGGCAAGCUCGACAUACUGGUCAACAACGCCGCCAUCCAGCACUAUCGGUCGUCCAUCACCGACAUAAAGGACGAGGAGAUGGAGGCCACCUUCGAGACCAACAUCCUGGGGCCAUUUUACAUGAGCAUGGCUGCCGUGAAGCACCUUCCCGAGGGCACGGGUUGCAUCAUCAACACCGCCUCAGUGACGGCGUACGCGGGAGAGGCGCACCUGCUCGACUACUCGGCCACGAAGGGCGCCAUGAUCGCCUUCACACGCGCGCUGUCUCAACAGCUCUCGGACAAGGGCAUCCGCGUAAAUGCGGUGGCACCUGGUCCGAUUUGGACGCCGCUCAUCCCCGCGACGUUUCCUCGAUCUGCCAUUUUGACCUGGCAAAAGCAGGUCCCCAUGCAACGCGCCGGACAACCCUCUGAGGUGGGGCCGUGUUACGUCUUCCUGGCUAGUGCUGAUGGCACCUACUUCAGCGGACAGGUGCUCCACCCCAAUGGCGGUCUGCCCGUCAACUCAUGA